AGAGGCAACAUGAGGCUGCAGGCCGUGCUGCUGCUCGCUCUGCUCGCCGUGACCUUUGCUGCAGAUGAGUCCUGUAUGGAUCGCUGUGAGAAUGGCUUUGACUCUCAGAGGAGCUGCCAGUGCGAUUCGAUGUGCAAGUACUACAAGAGCUGCUGUUCUGACUUCGAGGCCACCUGUGGCAUGAUGACUCGUGGAGACACUUUUGUGUUUGCGGAGGAUGAUGAAGAGCCGUUCGAAGGUACCACUCCGCCCCCUCGACGUUCAGCGCAGUCUUCUACCACUGUCGGUCAUCAGCUGAGGGCCAUGCAGCAGCCCGUCUCGGACUUCAGUCGCAGGCUGCAGCAACGUCUAGAAACCACACUAGAAAUGACCAAACCACCGCAGCUGUCGGACACCAUAUCUAAGAGAGUCCCUGUUGGAGAGAUUACACACAUCUCACACUCAGACUCCCCUGAACAGAGGGUCCCCUUCACACCUGAAUCCCCUCAGAGUUUCACCCCAGCUGAGACGACCACCGUUCCCGUCACAACAGCCACCACUGAAGCGCCCGACCCAGACGCCGAGGUCUGCAGUGGGAGGCCUUUUGACUCUUUUAUGCAGCUAAAAAAUGGCUCUAUAUAUGCCUUCAGAGGGGAGUACUUCUUUGAAUUGGCACAGAAGUCGGUCCUUCCCGGUUAUCCAAAGCUCAUUAAGGACGUGUGGGGCAUCAACGGGCCAAUUGAUGCUGCCUUCACCCGUGUCAACUGUCAAGGAAAGACCUACAUCUUCAAGGGAAACAAGUACUGGAGGUUUGAUAACGGCGUACUGGAGGAAGACUAUCCUCGAGAUAUCAGCGUGGGCUUUGACAAAAUCCCUGAUAAUGUGGAUGCAGCAUUUGCCCUCCCUGCCCCAGGUCACCAUGGAAGGGAGAGAGUCUAUUUUUUCAAAGGGGAUCAGUAUUACAUGUAUGAGUUCUUGCACCAGCCGUCUCAUGAGGAGUGUGUCACCAUGUCUGAGAGGUUUCCGUCCAUGCUAUUCAGGCGCUAUACUAACGUAUACUACAACAACUACGAACGUUUUUUCGGCGAGCUGUUCUCUGACUUGCCUGAGCAUCAUAGCAAACACCACUUCAUUGACAAAGACUGGAAAGGCCUCAAGUCUCCGGUGGAUGCUGCCAUGUCGGGCAGAAUCUACGUCAACCCCUGGAGGAGGUGGCCAUCACGCCGCAACGACUACGAUCGUGACCAGCAGUGGGGUCAACAGCAAGGCCAACAGUGGAGCCAGCAGUAUGGACAACAGUGGGGUCGGAGGAGGCAAAGCCGUUCACCCUUCUGGGGCUCUAUGGCUGAGCAGGGGAUGAACAUGGGUCAGGAAUUUGCUCAAAGGGGGAUGGAAAUGGGUCUGAGGUUGGCAGAGAGGAGGAUGGAAAUGGAGGAAAGGCUUGGGCGAGACUGGGACAGACGGUGGGAUCAAGACUGGGACCAGGACAGAAGGAGAGAUCGAUAUGGCCAGAACAACCGAGGCAACUAUGACUCGAGAGAUGACAGGUCGUACUGGGAGACACAGAGGAGUCUGCCCGUUCAGAGCGUCUACUUCUUUAAAGGAGAUAAAUACUACAGAGUGGACCUGAGUACCAAGAGAGUCGACCCUGCCACGCCUCCAUAUCCCAGAUCCAUCGCCAAAUACUGGCUCGGCUGCUCAGACACCACUGGGGCAGAGAAGUAGUAGUUUUAAUUUAGGUGUUUUAAUAAAUCAUUUGGACUAAACUUGCAUAUAACAUGAUUCAUUUUCACUCGAACAGGCAGUGUUGGCCUGGAAAAGUGUCUUAAAAAUGUUUGGUGUAACAUAACUAGCUGCUCGUCGGCUUUAGCAAAUAUUGGAGAUCAGUGAAAGUCCACGCACUGCUCGCCAUGGCCAAAGUUCAGGUGGUUCGUUUUCUUAACUCUGUGGAGAUAUGUUAUCUGUCCUUAACAUCGUUGACCUACUUCAUUAAACACAACUGUAGGCUAUGUUUUGUUUUUUUUGUUUGUUU